UAUUCCAAUUGCAGUAUCUUCGGCUUUCUCUCUCCUCCCCUCUCUGACCGCAACGAUUUCUCUCUCUCCUCCCCACAACUCUGCAUCCCAGCGAUCGACCGCCUUUUUCUCGAACCCAAAACCCUAACCGAUCUCGCCUCAGAUUCUUGAAACGAAAAUCAGUUACGUUUCAAACAAAACCCUACUUUUUCAAAUCUCAAGUAGCUUGCAAUGCACCGUGUGGGCAGUGCUGGCAACACAUCCAACUCGACACGUCCUCGGAAGGAGAAACGAUUGACGUAUGUUCUCAACGAAACAGAAGAUGCAAAGCAUUGUGCAGGUGUCAAUUGCCUGGCUGUUUUAAAAGAUUCACCUUCCGGUAGUUGUGAUUAUCUUUUCACUGGAAGCCGAGAUGGAACAUUAAAAAGGUGGGCUUUGUCUGAUGAUGAGGCUAGCUGCUCUGUGACAUUUGAGUCCCAUGUUGACUGGGUGAAUGAUGCAGUUCUUGCUGGUAACACCCUUGUUUCAUGCUCUUCAGAUACAACUGUCAAGACAUGGAAUGGCUUGUCUGAUGGUGCUUGUACCAGAACCCUUCACCAACAUUCCGAUUAUGUUAUAUGUCUGGGUGCAGCUGAAAAAAAUAGCAAUAUUGUUGCUUCCGGAGGUCUUGGUGGGGAGGUCUUUAUAUGGGACAUUGAGGCAGCGCUUCUUCCAGUUACUAAGUCCAGUGACGCUGCUGAAGAUGAAAGUUCGAAUGGACCAAUCAGUUCAGGAAACUCUGGCCUGUCCCUCUCAAAUUUACGCCCUUAUAAUUCAAUCAACAAUAUAUCUGUGCAUAACAAUCAAUCAGAUUCUUAUAGUCCCCUUGCUGCCAAAGGGCAUAAAGACUCUGUCUAUGCCUUGGCUAUGAAUGAUACUGGAACUCUCCUUGUUUCUGGUGGAACAGAAAAGGUCAUCCGUGUUUGGGAUCCGAGAACUGGUUCAAAGAAUAUGAAGCUAAGAGGACAUACUGAUAACAUAAGGACCUUGCUUCUUGAUUCCAGUGGCAGGUUUUGCAUAUCUGGGUCAUCAGAUUCAAUGAUUAGGCUAUGGGAUCUUGGUCAGCAACGCUGUGUGCAUUCUUAUGCUGUGCACACAGAUUCUGUUUGGGCACUUGCCAGCACUCCCACAUUUAGCCAUGUUUACAGUGGAGGACGGGACUCUUCAUUAUACCUAACAGACUUGUCAACAAGAGAGAGCAUUCUACUUUGUAAAAAGGAACACCCAAUUUUGCAACUGGCUUUGCAAGAAGAUAGCAUUUGGGUUGCAACAACAGAUUCUUCUGUGCACAGGUGGCCAGCUGAAGGACAUAGCCCGCAAAAGGUUUUCCAAAGGGGAGGUUCGUUCCUAGCUGGAAAUUUGUCCUUUUCUAGGGCAAGGGCUUCUUUGGAAGGAUCACAACCUAUCCCUGUUUACAGUGAACCAUCCUUAACAGUACCUGGUACUCCAGCCAUUGUGCAACACGAAAUUUUAAACAACAGAAGGCAGGUCUUGACUAAGGAUGCUGCUGGUUCUGUUAAAUUGUGGGAGAUUACAAGGGGAGUUGUAAUUGAGGACUAUGGCGAGGUUUCCUUUGAGAAGAAGAAAGAAGAGCUAUUUGAAAUGGUUAGCUUUCCUGCAUGGUUUAGUACGGAUACUCGGCUCCACUUGGACAACCCCCAAUGCUUUUUUGCAGAGAUGUAUGCUGCUGACUUGAAUAUUUUAGGAGCAUCUGAAGAUCACAAGAUCAAUCUAGCUCAGGAGACUCUUCGUGGUCUUUUUGCACAUUGGAUGCUCAAAAGAAAGCGGAGGCCAGGACCACAAGCAUCAUGUAAUGGUGAUAUUUCUUCGGGGAAGGAUAUGUCCAUGAGAAAUAUUUCCCAUUCAAGGAUCGAGGUUGAUGAAUCUGUCGAAAACCAUAAUACAGUGGUUCUCCCUGCUUUUGAAUUCUCAACUAUAUCCCCACCAUCAUUAAUUACAGAAGGUACAUUUGGAGGUCCUUGGAGAAAGAAAAUUACACAAUUAGAUGGGACAGAAGAUGAGAAAGAUCUUCCGUGGUGGUGUCUAGAUUGUAUAUUGAGUGGCCGGAUGCCUUCUAGAGACAAUGCUACUAAGUGCGGCUUCUAUUUGCAGCCUUGUGAAGGCUCAAAUUUACCUCUCCUCACUCAAAGCAAACUGAGCGCACCCAGAAUAUUGCGGAUAAACAAAGUGGUUAACUAUGUAAUUGAGAGAUUGGCUCUGGAUAAAUCAUUUGGAGGAGGAAGUUCAGAUGGAACAUUUGGUUUAGGACUGGGCACAGGACAAUCACAACUUUGUUCUGUUGGAGAUGGAUCUUUUCGGUCAGGGCUGAAGCCAUGGCAAAAGAUGAAGACGUCGAUGGAGAUCUUAUGUAAUAACCAGCUUCUAGCACCCGAAAUGAGUUUGGGCACAGUACGAGCUUAUAUUUGGAAGAAGCCAGAAGAAAUGAUUCUCAAUUACCGAGUAACACAAAGUAGAUAAUCAUCACAAGAGUGAUAUUUUGGGCACUUGGCUCUGCAGAAGCAUGGAGAAGCUUUUUCUAGACAAACAGUUCCAGAAGCCUUAUGCGACGAGAAGGUGGAAGUAGCUCAAUUCCAAAGGGCAUCAGUUGCCAAUGAUAGUAGCAAGGACUCGGACAAACCAGUCGUAUAUGCGAAAAAAAAAAUGAUGCAAUGGAAGCAAUUCCUUUGAAUAAAUGUUGAUAAUAUUUUUUUUAUUUUUUCUAUCGCGAGUGAUUGUUCAUUGUGUGAGCUUUCAGUAGAUACACUUUCUUCCACUCUGCAGUACUCUGAUACCAAUCUAUCGAUCUACUCCUUGUACAGCGGUAGAGUUGUCUUCACAUUGUAUAAAAUCCAGUACAGUUUGCUGAGGCAACGCCUGAUCAUAUGCAUGACCACAGUGAACGGUUGCAAUGUGUUUAAGAUUUUUACUGUUA